AUUCGCGCCUUGUACUAUCCCCCGCAGGAACCAUCGGACGACGAGACGACCGGUCUAGGUGCGCAUACUGAUGUUCAAUUGGUGACUAUGAUUGCACAAAAGCCAUUCGAUUCUCCAGGUCCGGAGGUUCUUAAUGCUGCGGGCCGGUGGAUCUCUCCAAACCUUGAACCCGAAACAUUCGUAUUUAACCUUGGAGACAUGAUGGGACGUCUCACCAAUCACCAGUUUCUCGCCACUGUUCAUCGAGUUAUAAAUAAGACGGGGAAGCCUCGUUAUUCGCUCCCUUUUUUCUUUGGCCUGAAUAACGAU